AGACUUUUCUUUUCAGUUCUCUUUCUUCUUCUUCUUUCUCUGGUUUAGUUAUUUUUCUGUCGGGGUCAUUUUUUUAAAUUAAAUCUAAUUGUUGAACUUGUUGCAGCAGCUAAUUUAAUCGUGGACAUGGCAACUAUGUAUGUUAAAGAUGAUGCAGAACACAAGCAAGAUGUUUUAUCUGUAACUCAGCUGAGCAGCACUUUCAUUGCAGCAUCUCAGAGACCAGAUGGAUCAUGGAGGAAACCAAGAAGAGUUAAGGAAGGAUUUGUUCCUCAAGAAGAAGUACCUCUCUAUGAAUCCAAAGGCAAGAAAUAUGCUAAAGAGCGUGAAACUACUCUUCCUCCUGGUUUAGAUCAAGAAGUAUGGGAAGAAAUGAAAGCCCAACAAGCCCGUAAAAAGAACCAAGAUGUUGUAAAACCAAGUAAUCCGGGUAAAGCUAGUAACAACGUUAACAGUAAUAAAGGAUCUAAUGUUAAGAAUAAGGAUGCUGGUAGUAAAAACAAUGGUAAACCAAAACAAGGUAAAAGUGGUAGCUCUACAACAACUGGAAAAUCUAAUAACCAUGCGGUCGAUCAAACAAAUGAAACCUAUGUAUCUACGGCACUUACAGCACCUUUAAUAAUACCUAAGAUUACUGGAGAUGACAGCGAAUGGGUAACAGUAACAUCAAAGAAAAAGAAAAAAGCAAAGAGCAAAGAAGAAGCUGAUAAAUCUGGAGGAGCUGCUAGUGGUAAGGAAUCGGCCAAUGCCUCUGUUAUUAAACUUAAUAAUUCAGUUAGAAUAGUAGAAACAGAAAAAGGAAUUAAGGUAACUAAUGAAGCGGGUCAACCAUUGACAACGGAUCCAGCCAAAAAGCUGAGAAAUCUGAAGAAAAAAUUGAAAGACAUAGAGAAACUCAAAACCAUGGAGCCUAAAAAGUUGGAAAAGGAACAAAAAGAAAAGAUCAAGACUGAAAAUGAAGUUAAAGCAAUGAUUCAUCAAUUGGAAGUAUCACUUCACUUAUAAGACUGCAUCUUGGAAAAUUCAAAUCUUGUUGAUCAAAAGGUCUACUUUUUUCGCUGAUAGCAAAUAAUGUAACCAAUCAAUUAUCUAAUAACACUAAAAUUAAUCUUUUUUAACAAUAUUAAUGGAAAUGUCCAAUUAGCCGAGUUUGAAUAAAAAAACAAAAAUGAUUA